CGCGUACCGGUCAAUUUUCUAUGACCGGUGCAAAGGAUUUCCGGUCCGAGGGGAUGGAUAUGAUCGCUAAAUUUUAGUAGAACACUUAACAUCUGAAUAAACCAAGAUGAGUUUAACGAAUAUGACAAAUACAGAGUCUAAAGUGAGGCGACUGUCUCGUCACGGUAAGAAUGUAUAUGUAUCAUCCAGUGGAGAGUUAGUUAAACAACGGACGUUUGAUAAACGAGCUAUCUCUAACUCACCUCAUCAUUCAAUAAUCGAUACCGGAGCAGGAUUAGAGAUUGAACUUAAUAAAGAUGCUAAAGAUUAUGAAGAUAUGGUGGUUCGAAAAGGGUUUGCUGUGCCACCAGAUGAAGUUUUAGGGUCUGGUAUACUUGGAGGUAUUAAAGUACCAAUAAAACAUCGAGAUGAGUUUACUGAUAAAAGGGGGUUACCACUGUCUGAUUUAUUAGAAGUAUUACAUUAUUUUACUAGUAAAAAGCUUACAUCACAUGAUAAAUCGGCUAAAGCUAUAAGAAGAAUGGAUGAAACUGCUUUAUUAUCAUUAGGACUCUUAGUAGAACUGUGGAUAGAUGAAAUGAUUGAUGAAGGUACAGCUAAAUUGUUUGUAGAUUAUAGUCCACAGGAGGAAAAGGCUAUGAAAGGUAUGAAUAAUGGAAUCCCCAGUGAUCUUCUAUCAUCAAUAUCUUUUCAGUAUGAAUCAGAAGAGGAUGAAAAGGGUAAUACAUCAUCAGAAGAAUCAUCUUCAAAUUCAGAUUAAAGUGGGUGACUACAUAAAUGUACGAUAAUGUAAUAUAUAUUUACAA